AUGAAGACCGUUGGCCGCUUUUGGGUUGGUCGACCAGCCGUACGCUUCGAACCUAUUAGCGACGCUUCUGGUGUAUUCAAGCAGGCUAUGGCGCUGGCGGGAGCAACAACGAAUCUAGUAGACGGCCUGCAUCCUGGAGGCAAGCCUCCAGGUGCAAAGCAGUAUUCCGGAGUUCCGUUGUAUGUGGCCGCCGCAGGACAGCUGGUGACAGUUGUCAUCACGGGGUCGCUAUUUGUUAAGGUAGCGAGUGCCAUUGACAAUGCUGUUGAGGAUGUUGAGGAUAUUGCGGAUAUUGAGGAUAUUGAGGAUAUUGAGGAUGUGGACGAUGUAGACGAUGUAGACGAUGUAGACGAUGUAGACGAUGUAGACGAUGUAGACGAUGUAGACGAUGUAGACGAUGUAGACGAUGUAGACGAUGUAGACGAUGUAGACGAUGUAGACGAUGUAGACGAUGUAGACGAUGUAGACGAUGUAUCAGAAGUCGAUGUUAAUGGCUUCAGCGAUAAGGACUGUGAAGUCGAUAUUGUAUCUGAUGUUGAUGACGAUGAGGACUUUGAAGCUGACAAUGCCCCCUUUGAGUAUAAAUUCAGUCUGUUUGAGUCUCCACACUUCUGGCUGACACUCACGGGAGUACUCAAGUCCAAAGAACGUAUAGGCCUUACAUCUUUCAGCGCAUUUGUCGAUAGUCAUGUCAUCCGUCCGGUAGUCGAUAGCCUUGAGCGAUCGGUCGUAGGUAUCAUCAGUCCAGCAAGACUGACGUUCAGGCGCAUACCGCCACCACAAAACUCUCCAAAAUUGCCAGAGCAGACCAUAUUGCAAUCGGACGCAGGUGCCGAGACUUCCGGAGCGGCAUUUCCACAGUAA